GAUACAGAUAAUUCUCCAUUCCAUGGAGCACGCCUGAAAGAUCACAGUCAUCGGCCCCUUUGUGAUAAGAAGUGACACGAAUUGUCAAGAAGCAGCCGUUUUGAUAGAAUGGAAGAAAUUGGGAUCGUUUUACCCGACAAGGACGUCGGAGAGGUUGAUUCGAAACCACCCAUUGGUCAUUAUUCCGGAGCGGGUGAUGAGCUGGAUGUAGAGGACCUCUACACUAAGUACAAGAAAUUACAGCGUAUGCUAGAAUUUCUUGAGGUCCAGGAAGAGUAUAUAAAAGAUGAACAACGUAAUUUGAAAAAAGAGUACUUACAUGCCCAGGAAGAGGUCAAACGUAUACAGAGUGUUCCGUUAGUAAUCGGCCAGUUCUUAGAGGCUGUAGAUCAAAAUACUGGCAUUGUUGGAUCAACGACCGGCUCCAACUAUUAUGUUCGCAUACUUUCGACCAUAGACCGUGAGCUAUUGAAACCUUCGGCAAGUGUAGCUCUCCACAAACAUAGUAAUGCUCUUGUUGAUGUUCUUCCUCCUGAGGCUGACUCCAGCAUAUCUAUGCUACAACCUGAUGAGAAGCCAGACAUCCAGUACAGUGACAUAGGAGGAAUGGAUAUGCAGAAACAGGAGAUCAGGGAAGCUGUAGAGUUGCCUCUGACUCACUUUGAGCUGUAUAAACAAAUUGGAAUUGACCCGCCAAGGGGAGUGCUAAUGUAUGGUCCACCAGGCUGUGGAAAAACCAUGCUUGCCAAAGCCGUUGCUAGACAUACUACCGCUGCAUUUAUACGCGUCGUCGGCUCUGAAUUUGUUCAGAAAUACCUUGGGGAAGGACCGAGGAUGGUACGAGACGUAUUUCGUCUAGCCAAGGAAAAUUCACCAGCGAUAAUUUUCGUUGAUGAAAUUGAUGCUAUCGCAACUAAGCGAUUUGAUGCUCAGACUGGCGCUGAUCGCGAGGUUCAGCGUAUUCUUCUAGAGCUCUUGAAUCAGAUGGACGGAUUUGAUCAGACUACUAACGUGAAGGUCAUUAUGGCAACUAACAGGGCUGAUACCCUUGACCCUGCACUUCUGCGACCUGGCCGAUUGGAUCGAAAAAUUGAAUUUCCCUUGCCGGAUCGGCGUCAAAAGCGACUUGUAUUUUCGACGAUAACAACAAAGAUGAAUUUAAGCGAAGAAGUUGAUUUAGAAGAUUACGUAGCCCGACCGGAUAGAAUUUCGGGUGCUGAUAUAAACGCGAUAUGCCAAGAGGCAGGGAUGCACGCAGUUCGGGAAAACCGCUACAUCGUGUUAGCAAAGGAUUUUGAAAAAGGGUAUAAAAAUAACAUCAAAAAGGACGAGUCGGAACACGAUUUCUAUAAGUAAAUUGAACCCUGUUAUAUUCAUAUCUAUUUGCGUGAUUAUUACUGAAUUAUCGGAUAAGUAUCGCGUGUUUCUUAAAUGGAUGACGGUCGUGUAUUGACCGUUUCUUUCCUUACUCAUGCAAUUAAUAAAAGUUGAACACAA